AUGGAAGUUGACGAAAAGUCCGACCGCCCUGGCAGCGAGACCUCCACGCCCAACGAAAAGCACGACUUCCGGGACGAUACCCACAUUGAGGAUCCAGAGCAUGUUCACAACCAGAGUCCACUGCACGAUCCCGCGCUGGAUGCAAAGCUGAAUCGACAAUUUGACUUGCACAUUUUGCCGUGGUUGUUUGGGAUGUGGUUGUUGGCGUUUAUUGAUCGGGCGAAUAUUGGUAACGCCAAAAUCGAUGGUCUGGUUGAAGACCUGCAACUCACGGGCCAGAAGUUCAACAUUGCCCUUGCUAUUUUCUAUGUGCCUUACAUCUGUGUCGAUGUGCCGAGUAACCUCGUGCUGAAGUACUUCAAAGCGGGCCAUUACCUGCCGUUCUUGUUAACGGCUUGGGGUAUCGUGGGGACGUUCAUGGGCUUUGUGAAGAGUUACGGGGGUUUGUUGGCUGCUCGAUUCUUCCUCGGUUUGGCCGAAGGUGGAUUACUGGGUGGCAUCAUCGUCUAUCUAUCUAUGUUCUACCAGCGCCACGAAAUGCUCUGGCGAGUCGGCCUAUUCUACUGCGCCGCUCCCCUGUCCGGAGCGUUCGGUGGCCUCCUAGCAUCAGGUCUCGCACAAAUCAGCACACCAGGCUACGAUGGCUGGCCCUUCAUAUUCUUCAUCGAAGGCGCCAUCACAGUGCUCUUCGGCAUCCUUGCCUUCUUCUUCCUCCCCCAUACCCCUUCCGACGCCAAAUUUCUUUCCGCUCCUGACCGCGCCGCGGCCAUUGCGCGCAUGCACGCCGACAGCCAGAGUACCUCGACAGCCGGCACGGUCGACGAAGAGAAAUUCGAUUGGCAUUGGGUUAAACUCGCGCUCACGGACGUCAAUACGAUGUUGCUGUCGUUGAUCUUUUUCCUCAUCAUCACGCCGAUUUAUAGUUACUCGUUGUUUUUGCCGACGAUCAUUCGGACGUUUGGGUAUAGCAUUGUUGUUACGCAACUCUUCACAGUCCCACCCAACAUGGCCGGCUUCUUCGCCGUCCUAAUCGUCUGCUGGCUCUCCGACCGCUACAAAGUUCGCGGACCCUUCAUGAUCAUGGGCUGCGUCCUCACCUUGAUCGGCUACAUCAUGCUCAUCGCCUCCGACCGAUCACUCGUUCAAUACGGCGGGACGUUCUUCGUCGCCGCGGGCAUCUUCCCCUGCUCCCCUCUCGUGAUGGGCUGGCUAUCCAAUAACCUCGCACCGCACUACGUCCGCGCAACCGGUACGGGAUUCCAGAUCAUGAUUGCGAAUUGUGCGGCGUUUAUUGCGACAUUUACGUAUAUUUCUACCGAUGCUCCUCGAUACAUCACGGGUCACGCGAUCAAUAUCGGCGUGGUGGGAGCUGCGAUUGUGGCUAUUGCUGUGUUGUUGGUGUAUAAUACUGCGGAGAAUAAGAGAAGAGCGAGUGGGAAGCGGGAUCAUCGCCUGCAGGAGCAGAGCGAGGGUCGCUUGGGUUCGAGACAUCCAAGGGUGAGUAUUGAAAGCUCUGGUUGCGAGCGUCGAGGGCACUGCUAA